AUGGCAGCCAUUCUUCUGACAACCAGACCCAAGGUGCCAGUAUCUUUUGAGGAUGUGUCCGUGUACUUCACCAAGACAGAAUGGAAGCUUCUGGAUCUCAAACAAAGGAUCCUCUACAAGAGAGUGAUGCUGGAGAACUACCGCCAUUUGGUGUCCCUGGGAUUUUCAUCCUCCAAACCUCACCUGGUCUCCCUGCUGGAGCGAGGGGAGAGGCCUUGGGUAGCAGGCAUCAACAGGACAAGGGAUGCCACAGGAAUACAAGCAGAUGAAAGGAUCAAGAGCAAGACAUUGAGUUCCAAGAAGAAACAAUGUCCAAAAGAAUUCACAGGGGCUGAUCUUCAGGGUAGCAGAAAGGGCCAGGUAGCCAGGCUAGAUAUGGUGCAGAGAAGCAGCCACGGUGUUAGGCAGGAUUCAGUUCUAAGGCAACAGUGUUCCAAAGGUGAAGAGAAGCGGUACCUAUGUCAACAGUGUGGGAAAUCCUUCAGCCGGAGCUCCAACCUCAUUAAGCACCGCAUAAUCCACAGUGGCGAGAAGCCUUAUGAGUGCUCUGAGUGUGGGAAACUCUUCCGGCGCAGCUUCGCCCUUCUGGAGCACCAACGCAUCCACAGUGGCGAGAAGCCCUACGAGUGCAAUGAGUGUGGGAAGACCUUUACGCGCAGCUCCAACCUCAUCAAGCACCAAAUUAUCCACAGUGGUGAGAAGCCCUACAAGUGCCCAGAGUGUGGGAAACUCUUCCGGCGCAGCUUCGCACUCCUGGAGCACCAGCGCAUCCACAGUGGUGAACGGCCCUAUGAGUGCAAUGAGUGUGGAAAGGCCUUCAGCAGGAGCUCUAACCUCAUCGAGCACCAGCGUAUUCACAGUGGUGAGAAGCCCUACAAGUGCAGCCAGUGUCCCAAAGCCUUCAAGGGUGUCUCCCAGCUUAUUCACCACCAGCGCAUCCAUAGCAGGGAGAAACCAUUUGAGUGCAAGGAGUGCGGGAAGGCCUUCCGGGGCCGCUCAGGCCUCAGUCAGCACCGCCGGGUGCACAGUGGCGAGAAGCCCUAUGAAUGCAGCGAGUGUGGGAAGACCUUCAGCAGAAGAUCCAACCUCUUUAAGCACCAGGCAGUUCACAGCGAGGAGAGGCCCUACGAGUGUCAAGAUUGCAGGAAGGUGUUCCGGAGCAGUUUAGUUCUCCUGGAGCAUAGGCGGGCGCAUGAGUGUGGGAAAGCCUGCAGCAAGAGUGGUGAGAAGCCCUGCACGUGUGGUGAGUGUGGCAAGUGUGACAAGGCCUUUAAGGGGAAACUGAAGCUUCGUCACUAUCAGAAAACUCGCCAUGGAAGGAAGACUUUGGACGACAGUGACUGUGAAAAAGAGCCAGACUCCUUGGCCCUCAGAAGGCCCACUGCAGAGCCCCACCCUGCGGAUGAGAAGCAGGAGACAGACUCUGAAUGCACGGCUACCCACAGUGCCAUCUGA